AUGAAGGUCUUCAUAAUUUGUCUGAUCAUCGCCAUUUCAGGCUUCGCCAAGUCAGAAAUUUACGAAAAUGGUAAGUAGAAUACAGCGAUUUUAUAAUGAUUUUAAAAUAAUCUGUUUAGUAUAAACUGUUUUGUGUUGGCAUAUAGUUUUAGAGUGUUUUUGCCAUUGUUAUAGCUAUAUAAAUGCAAUCCAUAACUUGGUACAAUGGUACAUUCAUGUUCAAAAAUUAUAUUUAGUGUUAAUGUCAAUUCAUUGCAAAAUCAGUAUCCUUUACCAUAGAAAAUUUUGACGAAAGUUCGGAGGACAACUCAGUUUUUGACAAGAUCCUGGCUAUUAACGAAAAAUCAGGUAAGUAUGAAUAACUUGCGAAAGAAAGACCAUUUUCACCACAAUGUAGGGUUUACGUCAGUGCUAUCCUGCAAUAGUUUUUCCGACCAAUUUUAUUUAUUUGAAAAUUUUCUGAAUUUUCCCUCCAUUUAACCGACGAACUUCUCCAUACAAGGGCGCAAAUCUUGAAGGGGGGGGGGACGGAGGGGACAUGUCCCCCACUUUGUUGGCAGAGAGGGAUGAAUAUUGUGUUAUCCCUUCCCCACUUUUUAACAGUCAAUUCUCCCACGAUUUAUCAAGUGUAGUGUCCUUUAUUUGCUGGAAACUUUGUGUGUAAAUCUAAAUGGAGUAAUGCGUUUCACAAUUACAAUGCAUUUACAUCCUCGUAUCAGCAGUAAUGUUUAUUAAAACUGUUCCUGCUAAAUUACUGUAAUAAAUUAUGUUUUCUGGUAUAAAAAUUCAUAAAAUCAUAAAACGUCAUGAAAAUUAUCGCUGCCCCGGACUAUCCCUCCCACUUUUCAAGACAGAUUUGCGCCCGUGUCUCCAUAGAAGUGUGUGUCUCGAGGGUACCAUUGCCCUCCUUGUCAUCAUCGUGGUUAACUCGUAUCAUAACACCUUAGAUGUACUUGUCUUCCGCGUUUUACUCUGUAUGGUUUUAUUAUGAAUGCAACGCCCGAAUUGCCCUCACAGGAAGGAAAAGACAGUACUUUCAUGAGCAUAAAUUCCUUUUUACUCCUAAUUGGAGUUCUAAACUGGCAAGUUAAACUGUAAAACCCUAGAGUUUCCUUGCAUCAAAGAUUGAAAUAAGGUGAAUGCGAUACUUAGCAAUACGAUUCGUUGUUUUGACAAGCGUUUAAUAUAACAAAAAAUUUUCAGCUAGAUCACGUUCAGGACAUAAAGCCAAAUAUUUUGAGGGAGACAUUGUGAUCACCAAAUCGGUAGAAGAAAUGAUUGAAAAUCGCAAACGCGGUGCAGCAUCAAAUAAUAAGUGGCAUAUUUGGCCAAUCAAGAAUGGCAGACACGAAAUACCUUAUCAAAUUGGCGGAG